AUGGCCGUCGGAGAGAAUGGGUCAAUCCGACUCAAUCGCGUCUGCCUCAUGGUUGCGACGAUGAAUGAAGGCGUGCAUCUCCCAAUAGCUUCUUUCUUCCUUCUUCAACGUGAAGUCCCCUAUCGGUGCCCUUGCGAUCUCGGUCGCGAUUCCCCAUCAGAGAAGCGGAAUCCCUUCUUCAGAGCUCUCCUCUGCCCGUCGUUGACGCUCGCGUGGUGUCCGUCGAACCAUCGACGUCCUGUCGUUCACCCAAAGCGACAUGCUCGAGCAAAGAAACCCAAAGCUCGAGCGUUGCAUGCCAUUGUCCACGGCAGCAACAUUGCUCACCAGCACGCUACGCACACCAGCAUCACACCACGCGAUGGUCCACCCGUAACCCAGAGAGCAGAUACCAUGCUCGAGGCGUCCGGCGUUGGCGUGGAGGCGUCCCAAUGGCGCACAGUUUCGCUGGCAUACAGGAAGCUGCCGUGA